AUGGCGAAGACCCACCGGGAAUCAAUGCUGACCACAGCCUGCAUCCAGACCCCGGUACACCCGCACACCCGGACCCCCAUCACUCUGUAUGAGAGGGAGGAGAGGAGGAGGGGGUACAGAGACCCGGAAACCCCUGAUAACAGGCGGGGGGCAGAGAGGGAGGAAGAGGAUGAUGACCUUGAUUCUGACAUGGAAAAGGAUGAGGAUUCCAAAACUUGGCAAAAUAGAGACUGGUACAUAGACAUUACCAAAGUACAAAAUUCAGACCAAGCCUAUUAUACGCAGCUGGAGAGACUGAAAACUGCUCAUCUGCAGAGCAUGGAGCAACUUGAACGAAUGUAUGAACAGAAAUUAAACCUAAAAGGAGUUCAGAGUACUGAACCUGACCAGGCAGUUGCCAGAAAAAAAUGGAGGCCACUGUGGGAAGAAGGAUGUUUACAGCCAACUCUAUGUGAAGAGUGCUUCCUAAAGCACGAUUUCAAUUGCAGUGUUUCUUCACAGUUAUUAGACAGCUCAGCUGAUGAAUUGACUGAUGGAGAAACUUGCAGUGGCUCAGAGGAAUCAGUACCUGCCAGAAGUAAAAUCGCUCAAAUGUGGAAUGGAUUUACAAUUGAGGAUUAUAUUCAAAAUAUGUUGUGUCCCGAUCAUCGUAAGGCCCAAAUGCAGAGUAACAAAAAGAAAGCGUGGUCACAUAAACUGACCGUUCCUGAACCGUUCCAGAUGACAGUAAGGGAAUCAAAGAAAAAAGAGAUGAAUAUAAAAUCAAAGUCAGAAAUUGAACUGGAAAACAACAUAUUGAAAAAGGCAUUAGAAGAGGAGGCGGAAUGUCAGAAGAAGUUUCGAGCCAAUCCAGUUCCAGCAUCUGUCUAUCUUCCACUGUACCAUGAAAUAGUAGAAAGGAACGAGGAAAGGCGCAAAUUUGUUAAAGAAAAAAGCAAAGAAAUCCUCUUGGCAUCUCAGAAACCAUUCCAGUUUAUUGAGAGAGAAAAACACAAGAAAGCAGUUCAAAAGCUUCACCUCUCUAGACUUCCAAAUCCAGAACACAAAGCUAAACUUUUUAAAGCAAAGCCAGUUCCAAAGUCUAUUUAUGGAGAGUCUGCUAAGGAGAGGCUUAAAGAAGAUGAGUUAUAUCGGGGUAUCAGGAUACACAUGAGAGCACAAGAACUCUUAAAUAGUUCUGCUUACCCAACUAGUACACUAGCUGGGAGCAGUAGAUCAGGAAGAAAGAAGUCAAGAUGCUUUAAACCAAAAGAGGAAAUUGAGCACAAACCAAAAAUCAAUUCCUUUGUACCCAACUUUGAAGUUCUUCACCAAAAGAACCAUAAACGCUUAUUAAAAAGCAAACAUUCAAAGCAUGUUACAGUCUGCGAACCUUUUUGCCUUCGUACAGACCACAUAUCUCAUACAGACAAGAUUCUCAAAGAUAUUGAAGCAGAUGGAGAAUACUUAAAGGAAACACGCUGGCCAUAUAAAUCCCCAAGAAAGCCUUCACCAAGAGAUGAAUGGGAUGACAUAUCACCCCGGGGAGGGCCUCCAUCUUCAACUCCAAAAUCAACAGAAUCUUCCAGGAGAAGGCAACAUGCAAUCAGGAAGUCUAUCGAGGACAAAGAAAAACAGGAAGAAGACCUGAAAAAAAGGACAGCAAGACAGAAACAUCUAAAGAAACGCAUAAUAGCCCGAGCUAAAGCAUUUGAUCCACUCCAAAACAUGUCCUUGUUGUCCUGUAGUAAAUUAAAAGAGUUGAGGAAACAAGACGUUCAAAGGACAAGAGAGUACUUUGAAGAAUUGGGAGCAAUGAAAGAGCGAGUUAACAGGACGCCAUUGUUAUUGGAAAGAGCGACAAAGAAAAAUGCGCGUCUUGCUGCUGAAAAGCACUACUCUAAGGUGCUAAGAAAUCUGGGCCUAUUCGAGGAUUUUGUUAUACAAAAAGGAAAGAGUUUUGACCUACAAAAUCAUGUCCGUGCCAGUAAGGAAGAACAAUAUACAAACGACGAGGAUAGCAGCACUGAAGGCACUUUAGAAUUGGAUGAUUUGCAGGAUAAUGAAGAGAGUGAUAAAAAUGGGUCUGAACAUUCCGAGCAGGAUGAAUACAGCGCAGAUAGUGAUCACAGUGACGAUGUUAUAUAA